AUUCAGUUUGAGAAUGACAGUCGUUGGGGUUUGAACGGCAAACCGGAGAGAUAUUUGAGUUAACGAAUUCGGCAUUUCGAGUAAGAAAAGUGAUACGAAAAAACUAUGGAAAUGUACAAAAUUACCGCUAUAUUGUUGAUCCUAUUCGGAUAUUUACUCAUCACAGAUUGUAGUGAAACAACACGCACGAAACGUGCCAAGCGACCGCGUGCACCCGAACCGGUUAAUUUCGAGCCGGAACCACAUCAGGAUUUGGAGAACGAAGAGAGCGGUAGUCAAGAGAAGGAUAUACCAGAAAUACCAACGAAUUUUCUAAGUCCAUCUGUGAGAGAGUAUCUUGAAUUGGGAAAAUCGAUACCGGGACGCCCUGGUGUCGACUAUCCCAUACUCUCAGCAAUACCAUAUACGAACUUCUAUUGCGAUGAACAGGCAUAUCCGGGCUUUUUUGCUGACAUGGAGACGAGAUGUCAAGGUUGGCAUUACUGCGACAUAGAUGGCCGACAGGCAUCCUUCCUCUGCCCGAAUGGCACACAAUUUUCACAAGCAGUCUUCGUAUGCGAUUGGUGGUUCAAUGUGCGUUGCGAUCUCUCGCCACGUCUCUAUGCAAUUAAUGCCAGACUCUAUCAGCGUCCCAAAGUGAAUCCAACACGUCCACAUCGUAUUAUAACAAAGGAACUGGUCGAUGAUAUCUUCAAUUGAGUGCGUUGAAGCGGAUGAUGAUGAAGGUGGUGAUGGAGAUGUAGAUGAAGAACGAGUUGAAAGAAGUAAGAGCGGCGGAAUGCGGAAUAUGAGCCGCUGAAGAUCAAAUGAUUACAGCGUUAAAUUAGUGGGCUAUGAGGGUUAUUUAAGCUAAAGUGUUCGGAAUGCAAAAAAAAAAAGUAUUAAAUAUGAAAUUCUAAAAAUUUAGAAAAAAAGAAAUGCUGAAUUUGGUGCAAUGUUAUGUAGUACAGUUACAAAAUACAUAUGUACAUAAAAACUAGCAUUAUUUGAAUUAAAAAAAAAUAUAUAUAUAUAUAUAUAUAUAUGUAUUCAAUUAAUGGUAUUAUACUUAUGAAUUGCUAAGAUAAGUUUGUAAAAUAGUUUUUUUUUCUUUAAUAAAUAUUUGUAGUAAA